GACAUUUGAAUUGUAAAAACACAAUUAAAUGGUAAUUAAACUCAAUAACAAAAUUAAGACACCGCCCGCAUGGAAAGCCAAAGGUGAAGAAGCCAAGUUCUUGGCAUUUGUCGAUUUAGGAUGAGUAAAAGUGUAGGUAUUGCCUUGCUCAUCGGUGACAUUAUAUUGGUGGCCACCGGAGGGUGAAUUUUGGAAGGUACCUUCCACGCCAGGAACUGUGUAGUGUCCUUAGUUCUGGCCCCGUAUAUAGAUCUCAAUUCCAGGUGUUCCGAAUUGGUGGGGGCCAUUUCUACCAUCAUAAUUCUGCUGCGCAUUUGUUGCUAAACGAGAAGAGAGUUCAAUGGGUUUUACGCUUCUCAGGUUCCCACACUCAACUUACCGGCAAACAACAGAAAAGUAAGCAAAACAAAUGCUGUUCUCAUGAUGCAGUUUCCAGUCACUGAGCUCGAAUUCAACUGAGAGCAGUCCGGUAAUUCGAAAUCUAUUUAUGCGAGCCCCCAGAAAGCCGAGCUUUUGCCAAUUAGCAGUUGAGAAAUGGGUGACAUCACAGCUUAGAAUGCGAAAAUGUUCGAUCUUCCAUGCCUGAUCUCUACCAUGUAUUCAAAAUAGAAUCACCCUACAGGUCAAAACAUAUAUUAUUUGGCACAUGCUUUCUACCCAGCUAAUGACAUUUUUAAAAUUAGUUCACUAGCUUGGGAAGAGAAAGCAAACAAAGAGUGCAUAAAUAUCUAGAGAGACAUUUAAGCAUAUAUAGACUUUGAGAAUUGUUAUAUAAUGUGCACUCAAAACAAACGAAGAAAUGCGCCAGAGAGAGCAACAUUUCGAAACUACAAGUAUCGAAUCCUGAAAAUUAGGCAACUGAACACAAAAACAUAGUAGGUUUUCAGAUGAGUGUUGAACAAUUUGGAAACGAACGCUGCUAAAUUCAAGUAUUACAGAUAAAAGCAAAAAAAAAUAUAAAAUAAAUGGAGAAGAUCUGCCAGUUUUUCCGCAACAACUAUGUGCUGGCCAACUGCGAGGAUGCGAUCUACAAGAAGGCUUUCUCCCUGAAUCUCUCCCACUACCAAAUGUGCGAGGUUCCGGACAUUAUAGAGAAGUGCGAGACGCUGAUGAAGCUAUUCCUCAACCAGAACAAGUUGACAAAGAUACCCUCCUCCAUUGGCAACUUGCUGCGACUGCAAGUCCUCACUUUGGACUAUAAUAAACUGGAUGAAUUCCCGCUCUGCAUCUGCCGUUUGGUGCGCCUGAAGUUUCUCAACAUCAGCUGCAAUAGCAUAAGUUCUUUGCCCCCGGAAAUCGGCUAUUUGACCCUCCUGGAGACUUUCUGGUGCAAUAACACUGGACUUUUGGAGCUACCCACCGAAAUUCGCAACUGCGAGCACCUCGAAACGCUUGGAGUGCGAGGUAAUCCCUUGAAGAAGCUGCCAGAUGCCAUCGGUGCUCUGUCCGCACUUCGUUGGUUGACUGCCGAGAACUGCGAGCUCACGGAAGUUCCUUUAACCCUAGCACUGCUGGGAAAUUUGGCGCAUCUGAAUCUCAAGGGGAAUCGACUGAGGCGACUGCCCAGAAUGCUGAUGGCCAUGCAGAAGCUGCGGUUCGUUUUCCUCAAUGAGAACCGCAUCGAUGAGCUGCCCACGAGAACUCAGCUGGAGGAGCUGCGCACGCUGCACAUGCUCAACUUGUCCAAGAAUCCCAUCAGCCUUCAUCGCGAACUGCAGCUAAUGGCUUUGCGCCAAACGAACCUUUAUGUGGAAUUGCCGGCGGAUCCCGCGGCAGCCUGUGAAGGCCUCACCAGUCGAGCGAGCAUCAACACCCAGGAACAGCAGGAGGAUCAGGCGAGAGGCGCUGGCCAGGAUGUAGACUCCUCCGACUGGGCAAAUAGCGUUCGUACCAGCGAACUGGACACAACGGACGAAAGUACGCUGGAGAACAACAUCGAGGAUCUGAGUGUCAUGCUGCCGGAAAUGUCGCGCUUUGUCACCACCUUUUAA